GUGCACCGCCAUUUGCAGCCUCGGCUGCCAAUCAUCGGGUCCUGGUUGAUGAUUCCUCACUGAGUAUCACUGAGUAUUACCGAUGGGGGAUAAAACAACACAGAUCUCUCCCCUGUCAGCUCCCGCACACUGCUUUGCUCUGCAUAGCAGAUCCAGUGUAAAACAUUCACAGUCAACAUAGUAAAACAGCACACAUUUAACUCUUUGAUCGCCCCACAUGUUAACCCUUUCCUGCCCAGUGCCAUUACUACAGUGUCAGUGCUUUUUGUUAGCACUGAUCACUGUAUUGGUGUCACUGGGAAUGUCAGUGACACCAAGUCAGUUCCCCCCAGUGUCAGAAUGCCCGCCACAGUCCCGCAGUCCUGCUAUAAGUCGCUGA